UCAAGGUUAAAAGGUGUAUACAACCAAGAGAGUUUGGACCUCUCUCACAUGCACAGCUACACCAUUUUUCAGAUGCUGGUGAAUCUGGAUAUGGAACAGUGUCAUAUCUGCGUAUGCAAGAUAAUAGGAAAUCCAUCCACGUCGCAUUCUUGAUGGGCAAGGCAAGAGUAACACCUCUAAAACCUGUCACUAUUCCACGUCUGGAACUAACAGCUGCUGUAGUUGCCGUCCGAGUGGAUCUCAUGUUAAGGGCUCAGUUGAGAAUGAAACUCGAGCAAUCUAUGUUUUGGACAGAUAGUACAUCUGUACUCAAAUAUAUAAUGAAUGAGGACAAACGAUUCCUUACCUUUGUGGCAAACAGAGUCUCAUUCAUUACAACUGCAACUAAACAAUCACAAUGGAGAUAUGUAAGCUCAAAGGAAAAUCCAGCAGAUGAUGCUACAAGAGGGCUCAAGGCUGGGAACGUUGUUCAUAGCAGCCGCUGGAUCGAAGGACCAAGCUUUCUGCAGAAGCCAGAAAGUGAUUGGCCAACCAAUUUAAUGGAAUGCUCCUUAGAACCAGAGGACCCUGAAGUCAAAGGUGAGGCCACAGUAAAUGUUACUCAGGUAAAAGACUUGCUUGAUGCUACAUGUCAAUUGAUGGUGUACUUCUCAGACUGGAGAAGGCUCAAGGUUGCUGUUGCUUGGUUCCUUAGACUGAAGGAAAUCCUUCGUUCAAUGAGAAAUAAGGAAAAAAGACCGCAACCUUAUAACCCAAUUUGUAAAGGUACUACAAAGGAGAAAGUAAAGAAAACGCAACUGUACAGACUAUCUUCAAAGGAUCUUCUGGAAGCUGAGCUUGCAAUUAUUAGAUUUUGCCAGCAACAACGAUUUGGAGAGGAGAUUGCUACGUUGUCAAGUGGGAAAGGGUCUGUGAGCAGGCACAGCUCAAUUUAUAGAUUAGAUCCUUAUCUUGACGAUAAAGGCCUCUUAAGAGUUGGGGGACGACUGACAAAGGGCUCCUUACCAGAAGAAAUAAAGCAUCCCUUCGUUCUUGCAAAGGAUCAACAUGUAGCAAGUCUCAUUCUAAAGCACAUUCAUCAACAGCUUGGUCAUAGCGGUCGUAAUCAUACCUUAUCCACACUAAGGAGAAAAUACUGGAUCACAAAGGCCAACUCAGCUGUAAGGAAGGUUAUCGCAGAAUGUAAUUUUUGCAGAAAAUAUCAUGGAAAAGCCUUGGAGCAAAAAAUGGCAGAUUUACCCAAGGAAAGAAUCUUGCCAGAUAACCCACCAUUCACCAAUGUCGGAGUUGAUUACUUCGGACCUAUUGAAGUGAAAAGAGGACGAGGUACAGCUAAACGCUAUGGAGUCAUUUUCACCUGUUUAGCCAGCCGAGCAGUGCACUUGGAAGUGGCUAGCUCUCUAAACACAGAUGCCUGCAUUAAUGCUUUGCGUCGUUUUGUGAGUCGAAGAGGUCAAGUCGCUCACAUCCAAUCGGACAAUGGAACAAACUUUGUCGGAGCAGACAGAGAGUUAAGGGAGGCUCUUGAAUUGCUGAAACAUACCCAAAUAGCGGAUGCUUUGCGACACAUUGGAAUAAGAUGGAGUUUUAAUCCGCCUGGAGCAUCACAUCAUGGUGGAAUUUGGGAACGGAUAAUUCGUAUGAUCAGAAAGAUUCUGAGAUCCGUUCUUCAGCAACAACAGUUGGACGACGAUGGAUUAAAUACGGUUCUAUGUGAAAUUGAAGCAAUUUUAAAUGACAGACCCAUCACAAAGCUUUCUGACGAUCCAAAAGACCUAGAGCCACUUACACCAAAUCACAUCCUCCUGAUGAAAGGAAAACCAUCUUUACCACCCGGACUAUUUGACCCUCAGGAUAUGUAUCUGAAGAGAAGAUGGAAACAGGCUCAGUACAUCUCAGAUCUUUUUUGGAAACGAUGGAUACGCGAAUACCUGCCUUUGUUACAGGAGAGACAAAAAUGGAACCAAAAGAAGAAGAAUCUAAAACCUGGAGAUAUAGUCAUUAUAAUGGAUUCUUCUGCACCGCGUGGUUCCUGGCCACUUGGAAGAGUUCUGGAAGCCAUUCGUGACAAAAAAGGACUUGUGCGAUCUGCACGUUUAAAAACAAAGACUAAUAUUCUGGAAAGACCUGUAACUAAACUUUGCUUGUUACAUGAGACUGUAAUCUAAAAGUGUGUUACUUAUGUUUAUUUAUGUGAAUGUAUAGGUCUAAAGUAGACUGUAUUAGUGGCUCCUUAUUUUCUUUGUGAUUAGAAUUGCCAUGUCUGAUAGCCAUUUCAAUUAGGGGCCGGGGUGUAGGAGCCAUUCUUGGGUUAAUACCUUAUGUGGUCACUAGAGGUCACCUUUUUCUGUUUUGAUUAUGUAAUGUAAAGGUAUUUAAGGUAGACGCACGUAAUCGGCGUCAGGUGUGUCAUUGAGAAGGCAAACAGUUUGUGACCGUUGCGCUGUUAUGCUAAGUCGAUACAGAAUAAAGACCAAAAAGGACAAGAUACAUACUGCUGGAUUUAUUGGACUGUGAACUUAAUUCAUGCAUACCAGUGACAUCGCGUCACCCCCGUUAACGACCACCUCAGUGGCUUCAAGCGUAGGCUUAGCCUCUACAGCGUCAUUUUCAAGGGAUCCUCUGAUAAUUCCUGGCAGGUUCAUCUGUUCAGUUACCACAGGUUGAGUGAUGAAUGUCACUUUCCCACUUUCACCUUCCCCUUUAUCUAUUUCAAAAUAGCCCUUCACCUGUGUUCUAGCAGUCUCCGCUGUAAUUAUGAAAUUAUUGAACCAAUUUUAUUAGUACACCUCCCUCUC